AAGGCCAGAAGACAGAAACAGCAAAAACAAGAUAUUAGGGCAAGAUGGCAGACACUUCAUGAGAAGAAGGUGGGUACAUGGCACUGAUCUCUAGCUGGGGACCCAUAAAACGAUGGUGGUCUUUCCAGGUUUCCCCCAAUUGAGUGAGGAGAGAGGAAGUGAAUGCCCAGCUGCUGUUCCACUUAACCAUUGUUUUCUCACCUACUCCCAUGACAGAAUUCCAUUACAAGAAUUUUUUGAUGCCUCCCUCCGGUUCCACAGGUUGCUGAGGUUCAUCUCCUGUUGAACAUCUUUUUUGUCCGUGGGAUGUUCAGGCCCCCUAUGGAUCCCUAGCUGCCUCCCUUUCUAUUCUGUUAUAGGCACCUUUUUCCUUGUCUUGGAUAGUUGUGCUUAAUUUAUACCUACGUCCCUCUGCUUUUGACCCUAAGGGCUGAAAUGAGAACACAGUCCACUUUUUUUCUCAGUCCUGUUUGUCGGCGAUUUGUGAAUAUGAUGCUGAAAUGUAUGGCAUAUCAGUGUGUUGUCCCUGUUCUCAGUUUAUUCUUUCAAAUUUAUUUCGCCCUGGAAUAUCACACUUCUUACUGGCAGCAGCAGUGAUGAGAACUAGCAGAUUUUGGAACCAGUAGCCGCCUAUCAAGGUCUGUUCAAGUCCAAUCAGUUAUGCAUUUAAAGUCAUGACCGCGCAUAGCUUUCAAGUGUGAGACAUCACGUCAAUGACAAAAAAAAAAGAUAUGUCGUGACUUCCUCGUCUCUGAUUGUUAGUCAAUAGUCAGAGCUAGCGGCCGUUUGACAUUCAUAUUCCGAAUGAUGCAAAUACGCAGUUGUAUGUAACCCUGUAUUUUUUAUGAGAAGUGGCAUCCAUGACUGUUCUUAACGUAUUUUUUGGCAAUCCUUCAUGCACUAUCGUGGAUUCAUGUUUUCCAUAUAGCCUAUAACUAUACUGCACUUAGGUCUUGAAGAAUUCAGUGAAUUGACUCAUGCUUUCUAAAAUCCUCCUAAAUGUAGCUCAUUACCUUCCUUUGGUAAUGUCUUUACCUCCGUUUCUCACCAUUCGGCCUAUAGUUUAAAAUCCGCCCAAUUGGGGGACUUCCAAAUCAGGGGGAUUUACUCACCAACGUCCUCUGCUGGUAAAUUUUAGGAAAUUCCUCGCUGUCGUUGGCAAACGGAGCGAAACCCUCGAACUGAAAGAAGCGUGGUGUCUUACUCGGUCAACAAUGACUACGAACCUGUCACGUUGUAAGGGAUCGUUCUCCGCUUUUCCUCCGCAGCCACCCCAAAAGCAAUGCAUGAGCCAGGUGUGACACAGCUGGUGCUGACCGCCGACAUGAACCUGAAUGGGAGCGACAACUGCACUCCGCCGUAUGACCAGGGUCGCAUCCCGCUGAUUGUACUGUACAGCACGGUGCUGAUCAUUGGGCUGCCGGCCAACGUGGCCACCAUAUUCAUGACAUACCGGCAGGUGCGGCGCAAGAACGUGCUGGGAAUCUACCUGCUGAGCCUGUCCCUGUGCGACCUCAUGUAUCUGGGCACCUUGCCCAUGUGGGCAGCUUAUGUCAACGCUGGCCACCAGUGGAUGUACAGCUCCAUAGCUUGCAAAGUGACAAGCUACGUGUUUUUCAACAACAUGUACAUAAGCAUCUUCCUGCUGUGUUGCGUGUCCGUGGACCGCUAUGUGGCCGUGGUUUACGCCGUGGAGUCUCGCGGCCUGCGGCGGCAGAAGCUCGCCGGCAUGAUCACUCUGGGCAUCUGCCUCGUGGUGGCAGUUGGGCACCUGCCUGUCUUCACCAUGUCGGAGGGAAACGUGGAGACUGGGGAGAGACGUUGCUUUGAGCCGGGCCAGAGCACCGCCACGGUGACGGGCUUCAACUACGCCCGUUUCUUCAUUGGUUUCUUCAUCCCUCUGGCCAUCCUGGUGGUCACCAACCGCUCCAUCCUGGCCAACAUCCAGGCCAGCACCAGUCUGCAGGAGCGGCAGAAGGUGAAGGUCAAGUACCUGGCCAUGGCGGUCAUCGCUUUCUUCCUGGUCUGCUUCGCCCCCUACCACAUCAUCCUGCUGCUGCGCGCCGUCAUGUACCACUACCGGGACUUCCAGGAGAAGUGCCACUUUGAGAAUAGCAUUUACACGCCCUACACCAUCUCCCUGGGGCUGUCCACCUUCAACAGCGCCAUGAACCCCAUCCUCUACGUGCUGGCCAGCGACAACAUACGCAAGGAGAUCCGGCAUGGCCUGGCUAGCUUCCGCAGCCGGAGCACCCUGCAGCCCCGGUGUACGGACAGCAGCUAGCACCGGAUACCCAACUCCAGGAACUCAUGGGACGCGGCCCCCACGCGGGGGAACAGCUGUUGGGUUUCGCAGGUGAACACGUCGCUGAGUUGAACGGCUGCUUGUGCUGCUGUGGGGCAUGCGCGUAGACCGCUGUGCGUGCCGGUGCCAAACCAGUUAUUACAUUUUUCUGUAUUCAUAUCUGCCACACUUCUGUCUUACAAGUGUGUCAAACGUUGUGCCACAAUGUGUCCAGGAAGCCAUAGUUUGGAGCGAUAGGGAAUGAAGUAGGAAUUUUUUUUUUACAUCGCUGCUAUGAGGACUUGAGAUACUUGCAUGUAUUUAAAUAUCUGAUGGUAUGUCUUGGUUUUCAAAAGUUUUUGAUAGCUACACAGAAUUCCUUUUUUCAAAAUAAAAAAUAGGUUGGAGUGGAUUCAUUGAAGUAGAGCAGAUCCUGAACAUGUAUAUUAUGUUCUGAAAAUUAGUGUAUGGCAUACAACUGUUUGUGUCUGAAAUUUGGUUUGAUGGCUUGAUUGAAGUUUUACAAUAGGAAGACACCACUAUUAUCUAAAUGUUAUGUGGUUGGUUUAGUUUUGGAGAUAUGUGGACAUGGCUGCCAACUCUGACACAUUGUUGGUUGUGCUGUGAUCUAACAACUCUCACUAACCCUAUCAGCAGCCAGUAUUAGUCAAGUAAUGCCAUACAACAUUUGCCCAAUAGUAUUUCAUCAGUCAGUAGUCGAGGUUGACAUUCUGAAGGUUCCACUUAAUUUCUCCAGCAGCCAGGGUUGGAGAAUUGUUAUUGGCCCUUUAGGGCUAAGUUUGGCCCACUGAUAGGAAUUACAUGCCGAAUAGCCAGAAUUUGUCACAAUGUCUGAAUAUUUGUUGUUUUAUUUAAAAGUGUUUAGUUCAGUAUUUCUCAUUCUGAAACAUUAUUUAACUUUUAUCUACUUUUUUACCUGAGCAUACAAUUUUGACAGAGAAUGUAAGUAAAAUAAUUUAAUAACAGAGCACUGACCACAGUUUACAGAAUUUAUGCAAACGUGAUGUACUCGUGUACACAUACUAGAUUGUAAAACAUACUUUUUAUGCCUCCGCGACGGCACAGCCGUGGCCGGAGGCAUUAUGUUUCUGGGUUGUCCGUCCGUCCGUCCGUCCGUGAACGCGAUAUCUCAGGAACACUUUGAGGGAAUUUCUUCAAAUUUGGCACAAACGUCCACUUGGACUCAAGGAUGAACUGAUUAGAUUUUGGUGGUCAAAGGUCAAGGUCACUGUGACCUCAUAAAACACAUUUUUGCCUUGAGGGAAUUAAGACUGAUUCCUAGACUAAUAUGGGAAACAGUAUUAACUUGGCUAUAGCCUAUUUAGGUAAAACUAAACACAGAUUUGAAUACAUUUUCAUUACAGUAAGGCACACAUCCACAAGGACCAAAUAGUGAUGAUCACGUCUACAAAGAUAACUGCACAGAGAAGCGGAUUGGAAAGUGUGAAAUUCCGCUACAACUUCCGUUGCAUUUCUUGUGUAUAAAACCAUUCUUAAACCCCCAAAAAAAUGCUUCCGCUCUGUUCAUUUUAUCUAUAAUUUAAUAAUUAAUACGUAUAUGAACACUCGUCCUCCUCUCCGCCACUGCCUCCACACUGCCCAGUUCCAACCUGAUCACCUAGCUGGCCUUCCUUAACAACUUGUUGAGACUGCUGACCUCCAAGCCUUGAUACCACCACCCCAGCACAUCACCGCGAAAAACAGAGCACUGGCUACUGGUUGGCAGAGGCAUACAACCAUGAGGUGGUGUUUCUAGUUCAUAUUUACUGUAGUAAUAACCAUUUUCCAUUGGUAAUUUCAAUAUUUUUAAUGACUGUUAAGUCCACUCUUUCAUUCUAAUGGAUCAUUCAGGGGUAUUUAUAUGCUUUAUACAUACCUUUGUACAAUGACUUCUAAUACCAUAUGGUAAGAAAGACUUGCAACCAGGUUAGGAUAUAGACAUUGGAAGACUAAAAUUAUGUUUGAAAUUUCAUUUUCCAUUAUCUUGUAAGAAACUAAACAAUCCUGGAUGAUGCUUGUAAUUCAGAAAUGAGAAAUUGAAGUCAUUACUAACACAUUAUUAAAAAGUGUAAGGAAACCGUUUUCUUCAGUAUCAUUUAUAUUUACUGAAAUUUAAGGUCUAAUACUUUGUUCUUUGCAAUAUUUCAUGCCCUUUUUGGAGAAAGCAAUAUUUUCUUAUGUAAUUAGUCAUACUUUUGUUUAUUUAUUUUGUGUGUAUUAUGUGUUCAGCGGUGUGAGAUGCAAGGGCUUUGGAAUGUUAGCUACAGGAAAGCUGUGUCUUUCAUAGACAGGGAGGGAGCACUGUACCGAAAAUAGGGAAGUUCUUAAAGAUCACAACACUUCUUACUGAGGAAGUGUGCAAGCGGGGAUUUUUUAAACUUGUCAUACUCAGGUGGAGUGUGGUGUCCCUAGUUCUGCUUUUGAACAGGAUCCUCAUUUUAAUCUCAUACAGAUUAAAUAUACAGAUUUUUAUACACAUUUGCCUUGGUGACAUUCAAUGAUUUGACAGUUUGUUGUACUGAAGGAAACUCUUUACUACCAUUUCCUACCACUUCCACUUUACAGUAUCACUGAAGUUCAACUCAAGAAUCAUGAGAGAAAGAAGGAAUCUUUUUUGUAUUGGGUGUUUUUGUCAAAGUAAACUACA